AUGAAAAUCAGCCAGCUUUAUGUAUACCCCAUCAAAUCCCUCCGCCCAACAGAAAUCACCUCGGGCGAACUCACAAAGCUAGGCUUCCGCUAUGACCGGCGCUUCAUGCUUUUGAAAGUGGUUCCCGGCGAAAAUGAAAAUGGCAGUGGCCCGACAUUGGAAAAUAUGCAUAUUCCCAAGUAUCCCGAGAUGGGACUUUUUCGGACGGAGAUUGAGGAGGCGAAAAGUGAGGGUGAGACGGGGAAAUUGGUUGUCACAUAUACUCCGCCGUCGUCGAGCGAUGCGAAUGAUGUUUCCGGAUCAAGCGACAGCGAGGAUAUUCAGAUCAAGGCUAAAUCCAAGCGUCUCAAAAUCCCACUAGAACCAGAAACAAAAACCCUCAAACCAUUCGCGGUUACGAUGCACUCGAGCCCAACGACAGGCUACGAUAUGGGAUCGAGAUAUAACGACUGGUUCAGCGCGUGUUUCGGAUACCCCGUCGUCCUUGUGUAUCUGGGCACAAACACACGCAGUGUCCUCGGUACACUCGCACCCGCAAAACGCAAUAAUGAGUCGUGGUGGAGUAUCUGGAAACAAGAACUCGUCCUCCCCGGCACAAGCAACGUUCACGGAAGCAAAAUGCUUGAGCAGUGGCUCGUUCCUUUUUCACUGGGGUAUAUCACUCUUAACGCGGUGAGUUGGUGCCAUACCCGCAUUGAAACUGGUACAUCGGCUGCGGCUGCUAUCGGCGUUACGGCCGUGGCGUUGAUCUUACUAUGGACUGUGGUGAACACCUUCGUGAAUAGACGACACGAAGCACGAAUCGGAUUCGCGGAUUGUGCGCCUUUUUUGGUUAUUUCUCAGACUUCUGUUGAUAAUGUUUCGGGGCGGUUGGAUGGGGAUGAGGAGGUUGAUUUGACCAAGUUUAGGCCGAAUGUUGUUGUUGAGGGUGCUGGGGUGGCGUUUGAGGAGGAUUUUUGGGCGGAGUUGGCUGUUGGAAGUAACGGCAACGCCGGUGCUGGAAAGAAUUCCAAGGUAAAACUCCUUCUGACGGGGAAUUGUGUGCGCUGUCAGAGUUUGAAUGUGGAUUUCGCAACUGGAAAGAUGGGGACUGGUGAGGGGGGCAAAGUGUUGAAGAAACUUAUGAAGGAUCGGAGGGUGGAUCGGGGGGCGAGGUUUAGUCCUGUUUUUGGUCGGUAUUCGUUUCUUGGGGGGGAGGGGGUUGGGGAGAGGAUUAGGGUUGGUGAUGAGGUGGUGGUUUUGAGGAGGGCGGAGGAGUAUACUGUUACUGAUUGGCCGGGUUUGACCAACUAG